AGAAAAGUUAAAUAUUUGAGUACCAAGUUUAAUAUUGUGACUAAAAAUGGAAUCAUUGUACAACAAACCACUCAAUCUUCAUCCAUACUUCAAACAGAAGAAAGUUUAUAUAUUGUGGUGCGCAUUUUGCAAGCAGAGGUUAAGCGACCGGACAAUGAAAGCUCUGUUAUUAUCAGAUACUUCAGCAAAUUUAUAUUCAACGGACAUUUCCCCCAAACCGGCAGUUGAUUUGGUUGGAAAGCAUUAUACAACUGACAUGUGCAGCUGUAAGAUAAAAGAUAUGGCAUGCACUUCCUGUGGGAACUCGGUGGGUUACCAUGUUGUACUUCCAUGUGCUAAAUGUAUGGACUCGUGUAAUAACGGUCAUUUCUGGAUAUUUCAUCUACAUGCUUCCACAGUGUCAAAAAGGCUAAAUAGUUCAGGUUGUGAUGUGUUAAAGUGGGCAGAUUUAGAGAUUUCUGUGGAAAAUAAAUCAUUUGAUGAUGAACCGUGUCGGUAAUAUUUUAAUUCUGUGAACCAAAUCAUUCCAUGUAGAACUAUCUAUGUUGUUGUGUGUAAUAUAAAUAACAAAUUAGCUUGAUAUGAUAAUUGCAUCAUUAUGCUUUUAAUUGUAUCACUGCUAUACUGGUACUUGCUGCUUUUAUUUUUACAUUAAGUGUCGAUGUUUUUUAAAUCCUAAAUGUUUUUCCAAUGUUUACUGUGGUAGUAAAUAUAACCUAAUUUUUUUUACCCAAAGCGCUUAAAUGGAUUGCGUUAGUCUUAUCAAGCUAAGUAAUAGCUCAAUUUUGAUUUUUACAUGUUUAUAUAGUUUGCAAUGUCAGUACACCUGAGUACAAUGACUUAAAAAUUUAGAUCACCGCUGUCAUUCCCAUGGAUUGUCUGGUUAAUCCUACUAUCAUAGUGGGGGAGGGGGGUAAAACCAAUGUUUUAAUGUGGGUUUGGUUUUUACAUAACUUACCAACAACAAAUCCAUACAAUUACUUCCCAUGCAUUAAUAUUAUGUUAACUGUCAAGUGUGUUGUUAAUAUAAGGCUGCUCAAGCCUUUUUCUUUUGCCAUUAAGGUGCUUGGUGUUCUUACGACUACCUUUAUGUUUUAUGUGCCCAGUAUUAGGUGUGUUAUGUCGCCAAUAAUAUGGAAUGCUUCUUUUUGUUCUCUUAUGUCAACCAUUCUUCAACUUUUUAACUGCAGUUUCAAUGCAUAAUAAAAUAUACUUGUAUGUUC